UUCUUUAGUUGUGUGGCCCUAAUCCUCUUCCGUACAUUAGUGCAUUAGUGACCAAUGCAAACUGUGUAAAAUCAGACAUUAAAAAUAAAGUAUUUUAUCAAGUUUGUCUGUUUAAAAUGUCUGCAUUAAGAAUGUAAAACCUACAUCACUUUUUUCAUUUCAUGUAAUGGUUUGCUUACUUGCUUUCUUUGGUAUUCUGUUGGAUACUGGAAAAAGAAAUGUCACCGCUGAGCUGUUAAAGCCAAAGUUUGAAUAAGAUUAAGAUGGAGACACCUAUGUAGUACUAAACGUGCACAUGCAAUAAAUCUUGGCUUGAUGAAGGCUAUAUAGUUUAGGUUUGAUAGCUGGAUUACCUGAAAUAAAACAAAAAAGGAUUUGUGUUUUGGAUGUGAUCGCUCUAGCUGAUACGAUUUUUAAUGACUUUGAAUGUCAGGCGAUUCAGCUUAUCUUCUGUGCUAAGAUAUCAUGAAAAGUAUACUUCUUUGAAUAUUAUCUCACUUGUAUUAUCUCACUCCAUAACCUACAUUGUUUCACUGUUUGACUGACUAGCACAGUAAAGGAGGGGCACACAUUGUUGAACCACCAUGUUAGACGGUGGCCAGUUUGUGGAAGCCCUGGGCCGUCUAGGUUAUCCUGGUGCAUCGUCAUUGAAGGGGGCUGAGUUUGACUGGCUGUUUGACUGUGCCCCGGAGAACCUUCACUUCUUGCGUUUCGUCUGUCGGACCCUCAACCGGAGCAAUGUUCUCACCACAGAGGAGGCACAGGCUUUUAAGGAGCUACGGAAAUCCGGAAGGCCAAUUCUGGAUGAAGCAGCGUUGGGCGAGGUCCUGAAGACCAUCGGUCCUUCAGACAGAAGCAGUGCCAACAUAUUAGGGCCCUCUUAUUCAUCCUCAUCCUCAGUGUUUGCAGCAGAAGGGGAUGUGGCCACAGAGGACUUAGAAGCAGAACUUCAGGCUCUGCGUAAAGAGAAAGACCUGAAGCAAAGACGCUAUAACAGGUUGCAGGUUGUAGCCACCUCCCGUGCAGAUGUUGACCUGCGACUUUCAGCAGAGCUUGAGAGUGCUACAUGCAAGCUAAAGGACACCAGUGCUUCCAUCGGAGCUGAGAAUGCUGGCACCAAUGCGCUGUUACAAGACCUUACAGAAGAGGUGUGCAAGCUUGCUUCAUACCUUCCAGGUCUGGAAGCCAAGCAAAAAGGAAAGGGAGAAACUGCAGACGCAUCAAACCUUUCUCUCUCCAAACACCCUGCUGUGCUGAUCUCUCAGAUGUCUUUGGAUCCCUACCUGCAUCAGGAGGAGCUCAACACGAAAACACUCACUGCCUUCACACAGAAGCAUUUCUUUCAGGGGAUCUCUGACAUUGUUGAGACUUCCUGCUCUGAGCGCUUUCAGUUGCUUGACCUCAGUUCUUGUGAAGAUGGAGAAGAGGAAGGAAAGGAGCAUGAGGAUGGAGAGAGGGACGUGAGGGUGGUGGAGCGGAGGAGGACAGAAAUGGCCAGACUUCAAUGGUCUCAUAUUGUGGCUCAGCACCAACUGAUGCAGGCCACAGCUGAGGAGAAAAGUCUCAAAGUUGGACUGGACUGGCUCUCUGAGAAGUCCUGUCAUACAAAGAGCAUCUCAACCUCCUCCUCACUGCAUGUCCGUGAGGUUGUGUCCCGGAAGGAGCUGCAGGCAGUGGAGGCUGAGCUGGAGGCUCUGCUCCAUGGACCUGUACCUGCGGCCCUUAGGGAGUCAGCCAGGCUGCUUAAUGUGCCUGUAGUGAGGGGAGACCUGGACCUGCAAGUUGCAAGACAGGAAUACUACACCUCCAGACAGAAUCAGGUACGUGACUACCUACUCCGCCAGAAGGCCUCCUUUGACCUGGUACACCUGGCUCAGGAGAUGGAGCAUAGGAGGUGGCGGACGUGUUUUAAGCAGCUGGAAGAUGUUAACAGCAGACUGACAGAAGAAGGUGAAGCUGCAACCCUGAGAAUUGAGUCCCUUGCACACCCUGACCUUGCUAUCAACCACAGGCCCAACCCUAUCAUCAGCUCCAAGGAUUCAGCCUUCAGCAGACUGCUCCAGAUCCUUGACCAUGAUUCAGACCACAGUCGAUCAGAGCCCUUUCGGACAUAUGAAGCACUGGACCAGGCUGCUCACGACCUUGCAGGAAACCUCCAAGUGACCAGAGAGGCUCUGGCAGGCGCCGGCCGUGAGCAACACUACACAGCUGCUCGACUCUACAACGACUGUGAGGCGCUCCACAGGGCCAUGUACACCGAGCUCCAGCAGCUGGUCUUACGGGCGCAGGUACGUCAAACGGCCUCCACUGACCAGGAGCAGCUCUGUCCCAAUGCACAGGAGCUAACCUCAAAACUUGUGGACGCAGAGUCCCAGCUGCAGAGUUUGCAGCAUGUAAUGCAAGAAAUCAUGGGGGAAGUCAAAUCUAAGCGUUCCCAGCUGGAGCGCAAUGCCAACCUCAGGCGGGAGAGGGAUUUAUAUGUCUACUUCCACUUGGAUGCACGGCUACUGAAGAAAAUAGUGGAGGAUGUGGAGGGCAAAAUGACUGCAAAGAGAGGGCAGCAGUAAAAAAAAACCACAAA